GUUUGGUAUCUACUCACAAGGCACGCACGAUAAAUAUAAAUAAUUAAUUAAUUGAUUUUAUCAAUCGAUUUGGAAAACUUUAAACGAUGACUUUGGUACAUCUCUGAUUCUCUCUUUCAACUUAUUACUUAAUUGGACUGCACGCAAAGUGAUCAAAAAAUUGGAAAUUUGGAUUCAAAUCCGUCAUGGGGUCUUGCGAAUCGAUCCUGAACAAGAUCUGUGUUUGCAGUUGGUACUUGUUAGGGUUGAUUACUUGGCAAUUUUUGUCGAAGACUUUACUGGGUACUUUUUUUUAGGGUUUGGAUUAUUGAGCUGAUUGAAACUGAAUCUAGUGAUAAACUGUGUGUUUAUAGACUUAAUUUGGUCAAAAUCCUUGAGGGUUUUGUAAUUUGUAGGAAAUUGAUCCGUGAUUAAGUCGUAGUGCUAGUUGUAGUUUUGUUGAUAAGUAAUUUAGAAAGAUGCAAUCUAGAAGGCAAGAAGAUCAUAUGACGAUGUCAGCAUCAUCGAAACUAGGUAAUCAACAUGGAAGAAGUGGAAUGGGUCCUGACUUGUAUCUGAGUUCACGUCCUGAUGCACCAGAUAGGUCUCGGAGGAGUGUGAGUCCGCAUAAGGUAGACAGUUCUAGGAGGAUUUCAGAUGGUCAAAUGAGUAGUGGUUCGAUUGAAAGGAGGGAUUUUGGUUGGAGUGCAGGUGGAGGAAGGACUGAAAAGGUCCGUACAAAGUCACCACCCCAAUACAGGAUACCGCAUAAAAGACCUCACUUUGAUGAUGGCAGUGUGCAAAGGAAAUAUUUGUACCGUGAAGAUUUGGAUUUUGAUUGUGGUACAAACUCUAGGUUGAAGCCUGUUUAUGGGUAUGAUCGUGGUAGUUUAAGAAUUAGUGAAGAGAAGGAUUAUAAUGAAAACAGGAUUGUAGAAAUUGGCAGUCAUGGAAUGUUGAGUGAGAAAUCAGUGCUAACAGAAGAGGGCGAGAUAAGGAGGUCAUAUCAGUUGCCUCCAGAUAAAGGUCAUAUAAAAAAUUAUGGUGAGCAUGGUGGAAGUCUAACACUAUCAUCUCGGAGCUUCAAUAUAGGUCGGUAUGAGCAUGAAAAGCUUCAGUAUAUAGAGCCAAUACCAGAUGGCUACAAAGCAGAAGAGAAGCCUUUGUAUCUUUCAAGGGAUAAGUUCGCAGGAACAGAAUCCUACAUUGAUAAGGAGAAACCUAUGUAUCACUCCAAAGAUGUUUUGUACACUAUAAUGCCAUCAGCACAUUCUAAAGAUUUCUUGAGCAACUCCCAAUACAAAGUGGGCUCCUCUUCAGGAACAUCAAUGAAUGAGUUUCCAAUUUCUUACAGGGAUGAUGUGACCUUACCUACUUUGGAUGGAUAUCCAAGUAGUGUAAAACAAACUGAACCUGGUUUUAAUGUGCAUAGGCAAAGGCCGCUUGUGGAUACUUUGAGAAAUGAUGGAGGUGAAAUGAGAAAUUUGGCGUAUUACCAACAUGGGGCAUAUAGCCCCUCAAGCACUGAGCGUGAGUAUUAUAAGUAUCCUAAAACAAUGUCUUUAGCAAAUGAUGAUCGAAGAUAUCCUUCUGAUGAUUUAUGCAGAACGAUAUCUCCACACACCCGACUAGACUAUGAUGAUGCUUUUAAGAAUCACGACCAGAGAGAUUUACCAAGAGCAAGUAAUAUGCUUCCUGUUGUAGAUAGGAUUGAUGAUCCAGAACAUCUUUUGAGAAGGAGCAGUGCAUUAGACCAUCCUACUUUACAAAAGCAGACAGUUUCAGACUACAUUGAUUUGAGCAGAAAAUCAUAUCCAUUAAAGCAAGGUGAAGAGUCUAUGAAUUCUGGAUCUACUCAUGCAGAGUUUGAGAAGACAGCACCCCGUGACUAUGGAAUAUCACAUUUCGGUGUACCACAGGAUCAUCAAAUCUCAUAUAUUAGAUCAGAUUACUCUUUUGGGAGAGAUCCUGGUCCAGAGAUUCAGAAAGAAACACUGCAAAGUUCUGACCUUCUUUAUGAUUCAGAAAGGCACAAACUUGCUGUAAGAGCACAGAGACUUAAGGAAGGGGAGUUUGGCAUGCAUGAGCCAUCUGAAAAUGUUUUUAAAAGAAAAUAUAGCUUGGAGGAUGAUAUAUAUAGGCAUACUGAUAGAAUUAUUAUGUCAAGCAAAAGGAAUGUACCUGAAGAGUUUGAGGAUCUAUAUGGUAGUGAUGAGGAGUAUUUUGAAGAAGGUAUGAGUGGUGUACACUUGCCAAAGACUCGGAAAUUUAACAACAAUCAAUACAGAAAGGCUGGGAGGUCAUAUGAUGGUCUAGAACAACCUGGAAAUUUUGCAUCUAAUGAGUGGUUCUCUUCGCAAGAUUCUUUGGCACAUUCAAAAAGGUCUUCUUCCAGAUUUUAUAAGCAUAAUAGCAGAUAUAUAAAAGGUCAGACAAGACCUGGUUCUUUAGGCUGGCAUAACUCAUACUAUAGUGACAGAAGAAGUGGCCUUUAUAAACCACUGAAAGUUUGGAAAAAAAAUAAGGAAUAUGAUGAGGAUGUGAAUGAUAAUGAUGGUGAGGAUUGGUUAAAUCCUGCUGAAUCAGAGCCAUCAGAAGAUUCUGAGGAAUUCAAACAACUGGUACAUAAAGCCUUCCUAGAGUACUCAAAAAGGUUGAAUGUGAAUUUAUCUGUUCGAAGAAGAUACCAGGAGCAAGGAAAAGCUGGUAGUUUAUUCUGCAUUGCAUGCGGCAGAAGCAUGUCAAAGGAGUUUGCGAACACUAAACGCCUAGUAACUCAUACCUUUAUGUCUCACAAGGUUGGGUUGAGAGCACAGCACCUGGCUCUUCACAAAGCAAUAUGUAUUUUGUUAGGCUGGAGUACUGAUGUGCCUCAAGAAACAAUAACAUUGGUUCCUGAGGUCUUGUCUAAUGAAGAAGCUAUGGCUGCAAAGGAGGAUUUGAUUCUCUGGCCUCCAGUUGUCGUCAUCCGCAAUAUUUCUAUGUCAAACAACAAUCUGAAAGAACAGAAAGUCAUACCUAUCGAAGGGGUUGAGGCCUUUCUUAGAGGCAAAGGUAUAAUUGAGGGAAAAAUCACUGUGUGCCUGGGGAGGCCUGCUGACCAAAGUAUUAUGGUAGUGAAGUUCUUAGGAACAUUUUCUGGACUUGCAAAUGCAGAGAAGAUUCAUCAGUAUUUUACUGAGAAUAAUCGGGGGAGAAAAGAUUUCAACCGAAUAAUCAACAGUAGCAAAGGCAUCAACAUUGCUGAAACCAGAAUGCAGGGAGACAAACUGGAGGAACAUAUACUCUAUGGAUACAUGGGCAUUUCAGAGGAUUUGGAUAGCACGGAUUUUAAUACCAAGAAACAUUGUGUUAUAAAGAGCAAGGCAGAGAUCAUGGACUUGGCGAAUGCCCCUGUCAAACCUAAUGAUAGCUAGCGAACUGAAAAGAUUUCACGGAAGGUGAUGCUGGAAUUAUAUGUUCCCAUUCAAAAGAUUUCUUCCAGUUCCUCUGUAUGCCCUUCUAUUCAAGCUUAUUAUUUGCUUGACCUCAACUAAAGUAAACAAAAGUGACUGAAAACUUCUGAUUAUCAUCCACAACCCAUGACUAGUAUCUUAAGUAGAUUUUGCUGCAUGUAUUUGGCUGAACCUCCGGGGUUUCCCUUCAAUGUAUUUGGUUAUUUUUAA